GUUUGCGGAAGUAGUGAAACUGUUACUGCACGUUUGGCUAAACCUGUUACUUUGAGCGUCCUUACAAUGUACAACACACUUUCAAGAUGUGUCAUUUGUGGACGUGGAUACAUUUUACAUUAAGAACAGUUACAAAAUGAGUGCUUACGGACAUUUGUAUUCACGUGUAGCCCGCGUGGGUCACUCCUCUUCACCGACAGUCUUUCUAAAGGUCCGUUGACCUCAUUGUUUCCAGCCAUUUCUUACAUCCCGCAUUCAGUCAGCUAAAACCGAGGUUUCAUUGCCGAGAUAAGUAGCGGACCCCCCGGGCAGAGGGACGCGGGUUCAGAGAUGGACAUGAACCCGCCGAAGAGGCUCCGCACCACAGACAAUGACGCAGAGGACAGGAGAACAGUGGAUGUGAGUGUUGUCAUGCCAAUGUACAAUGCAUCCUGUUGGCUGGACGAAUGUCUGCAGGCCAUAUUACACCAAGACUUCGCUGGAACCAUGGAGCUCUCUGUCUUUGACGACGCAAGCACUGAUGACUCGAGGAACGUGGUGGAGCGUUGGAGGGAGAGGCUGGAGGCGAGGGGCAUCUCAGUAGUGGUCUCCGGCCACAGCGCUGCCCAACCCAGAGGAGUGGGAUAUGCAAAGAAUAAGGCAAUAUCCCAGAGUUGUGGACAAUACUUCUGCUUUCAAGAUGCAGAUGACGUUAUGUUACCACAAAGAGUUCGUCUGCAGUAUGAGACAUCUACCCUUCACCCAAACUCGCUGAUUGGUUGUAAAGUUCAGAGGGUUCCAGAGGGAUCUACGGAGCGUUACACUCGCUGGAUCAACACAAUCACUCAGGAUCAGCUCAUCACACAGGUGUACACAUCUCAUGGGCCCACAGUCGUCAUGCCAACAUGGUUCUGCUCAAGGAACUGGUACCUGAAGGUCGGACCGUUUGAUGAGAGAGGCAAGGGAGUCCCGGAAGACUUGCUCUUCUUCUACCAGAGUCUUCGUCAGGGAGGGGGCGUGGCCAGGGUCGAUCAGUGCUUGCUGGUGUACCGUUACCACGAGAAGGCAACCACGCACUCUGUAACAGAGGAAACCAUUUGGAAGCUGCGAGUGGACUUCCUGCAGGAGAGAGUUCUCACCCAAUGGGAGAGCUUCACCAUAUGGAACGCAGGGAAACAGGGCCGGAAGCUGUACCGAAGCUUGAGCCCGACUAAUCAGAAGAAGGUGAAGGCUUUCUGUGAUGUUGAUGACAACAAGAUCCAUAAAGGCUUUUACACAUACGAGGAAUCCAAGCAAAGACCUAAGCCAAAAAUCCCAGUUGUACAUUACAAAGACACCUCCGCCCCCGUCAUUAUCUGUGUUAAACUGGACAUGACAGGAGGCGUUCUGGAGGAAAACCUUAACUCUCUGCAGCUAAAGGAAGGAAUGGAUUACUACCAUUUCAACUGACGGCUCAUUGUGACAGAGACAACAAAAGGAGCCCUGCAGCUUCAACAGACUCAGAGGAACUGAGUAGUAGGCAGGUGACAACAAGAGAAAAGCAAACUGAACACUAUGACAGAGUCCAUGACGAUACCAAAACCACAGAAAGAUAUGUUAUAAUGUAUUUUAAGAAAAUAGAACAUACUUAAAGGUUUUACUUGUUGACAAAACUGCACAACAGUACAUCCCAGCCCCUGUUUCCUCUGCCUCACAAAACAGCCCUGGGAUAUUUACUAGCUGUUGUUGUUAGAUGAAAAAACAAACCACUUCAUAUCUUUUCAUUAAAUAUGAAGUUACAGCCAGAUUAGCUUAGUUUAGCACAAAUACUGGAAACAGGGGAAAACGGCUAGCUUGACUCUAUCCAAAGGUAACAAAAUGUGCCUACUAGCACCUCUUAAGAUCACCAAUCAACACGUUAAAUCUUAAUCAGUAUGGAAAACCUAGUGUAAAAAUUACUUUUUGAAUAAGCCAAUUAACUUCAUUAGUCUUUAUGCUAAGCUAAGCUAACCUUCUCCUGGCUGUAGCUACAUAUUUAACUGACAUAUACAUCAUAAGAGGGGCAUUGGUCUUCUUCUUAAAUACAGGCAAUAAAACUAAUAUGCUUAUUUCCUAAAAUGUCAAACUAUACUCAUACUGUAGAGUUAACUAUAACCUGACCUAGAGUUAAAAGAGAUGGAAAUAAAUAAACUGUGUGGGGGAUGAUUUGGUAAUUAAAUUACAAAGAAAAGGACAAUUAGUCCCUUAUGUAUUUCUCUUCGGGGGACAGUUAUUUAUCAUGCAAGAGGAAAUGACGAUUGCCAGUGUUGACCAUUGGAGGAAUAAAAUGUUGUUGUUUUUU